AUGGUUCUUCAAGAUCUCGGCCGUCGCAUCAAUGCGGCGGUCACCAACCUCACCCGCGAGCAGAACCUCGACGAAAAGGCAUUCGACUCUAUGCUCAAAGAGAUUUGCUCCGCCCUUCUCGAAGCCGACGUCAACGUGCGCCUCGUCGGCCAGCUGCGCAAGUCCAUCAAGAGCACCGUCAACUUCAAGGACCUCCCCCCCGCCGUCAACAAGAAACGCCUCAUUCAAAAAGCCGUCUUCGAUGAGCUCGUCAAGCUCGUCGACCCUCACGCCGAGCCCUUCAAGCCGAAAAAGGGCAAGCCCAAUGUCAUAAUGUUUGUCGGUCUGCAGGGUGCUGGCAAGACGACGACGUGUACCAAGCUGGCCCGCCACUACCAGACCCGCGGCUUUCGCUCAUGCCUUGUCUGCGCCGAUACGUUCCGAGCCGGUGCCUUUGAUCAGCUGAAGCAAAAUGCGACCAAGGCCAAGAUCCCCUACUACGGCUCGCUCACGGAGACGGACCCCGCCGUCGUCGCCCGCGCCGGUGUCGAGCAGUUCAAGAAGGAAAAGUUCGACGUCAUCAUCGUGGAUACGUCAGGUCGCCAUCGGCAAGAGUCGGCGCUGUUCCAGGAAAUGGUGGACAUUCAGACGGCGAUCCGGCCCGACGAGACAAUCAUGGUACUGGACGCAUCCAUCGGCCAGCAGGCCGAGUCGCAGGCCAAGGCCUUCAAGGAGGCGGCCGACUUUGGAGCCAUCAUCAUCACCAAGACGGACGGCCACGCGCACGGCGGUGGUGCCAUUUCGGCAGUCGCGGCGACGCACACGCCCAUCGUGUUCAUCGGCACAGGCGAGCACAUGCUGGACCUGGAGCGGUUCGCCCCGCAGCAGUUUGUGCAGAAGCUCCUGGGAAUGGGCGACAUGGCUGGGCUCGUGGAGCACGUGCAGAGCCUCAACCUGAACCAAAAAGACACCAUGAAGCACAUCCAGGAAGGGAUAUUUACGGUCCGGGAUCUGCGGGACCAGCUGUCCAACAUCAUGAAGAUGGGUCCGCUGUCCAAGAUGGCGGGCAUGAUCCCGGGCAUGAGCAACAUGAUGCAGGGCAUGGAUGACGAGGAGGGCAGCGCCAAGCUGAAGCGCAUGAUCUACAUUUGCGACUCUAUGACGGACAAGGAGCUGGACUCGGACGGCAAGAUCCUGAUCGAGCAGCCGAGCCGGAUGACAAGGAUAGCAAGGGGAUCAGGCACGUCGGUGCGCGAGGUCGAGGAUCUGCUGACGCAGCAGCGGAUGAUGGCCGGCAUGGCCAAGAAGAUGGGCGGCAACAUGAAGAACAUGCAGCGGGCGCAGCAGGCCAUGGGCGGCGGCAACAAGGCGCAGCAGAUGGCGGCGAUGCAGAAGCGGCUGCAGAGCAUGGGUGGUGCGGGCGGUGCCGGAGGCAUGGGCGGCAUGGGCGACAUCAUGAAGAUGCUGGGUGGAGGCGGCGGCGGGAUGCCGGACAUGGGCAACCUGCAGGCCAUGAUGAAGCAGAUGGGCAUGGGCGGCGGCAUGCCUGGGAUGCCAGGCGGCGGUGGUGGCCGCGGGCGCAGGUAA